AGCCCAGCUGCCCUUUAUAAUAAGCCAGCUCGAUCGCAUUGGGCCUCCUUUCCCUCCUGCCCACUGGACAGAUGCUGUCGCUCCUUCUCUGCCUCCUGGUGGCACCUGGCUUGGCCCUGCCCUUGCCCCCCUGGAAGCCAGGUCAGGAGCCCCGGGAGCUGGCUUUGCAGGAUGAGGUUAGCAUCCUGCUCCACGGGGUCCUGCAGUUUAGCCAGGCGCUCAGCAGCAUCUACAAGAACACGGACAUGCAGAUGGAGGAAGUGGGCCGGAGCCUGAGCCUCUACCAGCAGACCCUGGCUCUCCUGGAGCAGGACACCCAGCAGGUCAAGGAGCAGAAGCAGAGGCUACAGCAAACCCUGGAAGGGAUCCAGGAAGACGAGGAGGAGCUGCAGCUACAGUCUGUUGGGAUCGUGGCCUCCAUCCGAGAGAUGCUUGAGGGGCAGCAGGCCUUGCAAAGUCGAGUGAAGCAGCUAGAAGAGGCCCUGGGCAGACCUGGGACGGGGAGACCCAGAGAGGACCUGGAAGCUCUGAAGGAACGUGCCGAUGAGCAAAGCCGAAUUGUCUGGUCUCUGAUGGGUGUGGUCCAACUGCAACAGCAACAAAUGGCUCAGCAGAGGCAGCGACUGUCCCGGAUCCAUGGCAGGCUACAAACCUCGGGACUCCCAUCCUGAGAUCACAGAGUUGAGGCCCCCGAGGCCUGCGAUCCCUGACAAGAGCUGAGAGACGGAACAGGGCGGCACCAGCCGAGAGCAAGCGUAAUCUUGACGGAAGCCUAGCCACCAUGUGGCAGUUCACUGGGGCUCCCAGAGACCAGAAUUCAACCGAGGCGGCGGCUGCCUCCAACUUCCUCCCACUUUGGCUGCCCUCCUGCCCUCUAGGCAAAGAUGGUGGGGCGGGUGCCAGCUCCUCGACUGUUAGGGCAAGGAGGGCUUGUGCCUGGGGUAGGGAUGUUCUCUGGUAGCAGGAGACCGUGGCCCAGCUCCCAUCCUCUCUCUCCCCGGCGGGGACCAAAGCAUCCGAGUGGAACAGCGAGAUGAUGACGGCAGAUGAAGCGUGGGCAUAAGGGAGCCCUCAGCAUUAACAAGGAGCUGGGACCCCUUCAAGCCCCUGCAUGAGACAGCCCCUGGAGCAGUCCCGGCCUUGAUAAGAGGUUGUCCCAGAAAGCCUGUCGCCACAAACAGCUUCUGGGGCAAGUAAUAGCAGGCUUUCCCCACACAUUCCUAGGACACAGUCCUAGGGCUCCUUGUUGGAACAGCUGGGAUGGCAGGGCAAGGGGCUGGUCAGAUUCCCGGUUUGAUCUACCCUUGCCAGGACACUGUUGCUGUCAU